AUGAUUCAAGUACCUUGCUACUACUACUUCGACGAUGGGAUGAGCUACGAUUACUCCUCCCCGUAUUACAGCGCACAAGCAAAAGAAGUCCACAAGAAGAAGACUCCUCAGAGCGCGCGCGAUUAUGAGCGGAUACAGCGAAGGAUCAAAGUCAAUGGUGACAAAGUCGAUGAGGUCUCAACGUACAUUGAUAACUACUUUGGAACACACGUCACAAUUGCGAUCCUCACAAGCCUCGCGAAGAUCGUUAUGGGCAAGCACCGCGUCAAACUGGACAGACUUGCAAGGAGAAAUCGCGCUGCUCUUCUCUGCUGGUACGCAGAGAACUGGGACAUCGUCUCAGACAUACUCAAGGAGAGCAACUUCAAGUCAAUGAUAAGACCUCUGAGCGGUGGCAUACAGACACAUAGUAACUCUUCUGUUCGCAUGUAUCAUGCAUCAUCAUGCGACACAGAGGAAAGUGACGAAGCUGUCGAUCCUAUGGAUAUCUCAGUUUUGCUCAAUUAUCACUGA